AUGCAUCGAACGGACCACAGGCCACUGGUAAUGUUGUGCGGAGCAUUCCGUCGAGUUCCACACAUCGCAGGACGUGCGCUAGGACGUCUUUUUGAUGGGUUAUCGGACCAGCAAGCUCCAUAUACUGCAGCUGCGGCGCUGCCGCUGCGGGAAUACCAGCAGGCGUGCAUUGAUGAGUGCCUCCGAUGCAUUGCGGACGGGAGGCGGAGAAUUGGUGUUUCCCUGGCAACUGGUGGCGGCAAGACAGUGGUGUUUGCAAACCUGCUGAAUGCACUGCGACAGGAACAGCAGGGCCGCAGGUUCCGGGCGCUGGUGCUGGUGCAUCGGCGUGAGCUAGCACAGCAGGCUACCAGGACUUUGAAACGCUGUGCGCCGGAGCUCAAUGUGCAGGUAGAAAUGGCAUCGCAACGGGCCAACUUGGAGACUGCAGACGUGGUGGUAGCAUCUGUCCUGAGCUUGAUACGGCGGCUUGACCAAUACCCGCGCGGUAGCAUCGACGCAAUAAUCAUCGAUGAGGCACACCACGCGGCAGCUGAAUCGUACCUGCGUGUCCUUGAACAUCUGGGCGCUGGGACCAAAGACACCAAGGUCCCUGUUAUCGGGUUUAGUGCUACCUUCGAAAGGGCAGACCGCAAAGCGCUCUCGCGGGCAAUGGACGAGAUCGUCUUUCAUAAGGGCAUUUUGGAGAUGAUAGACGAAAAGUGGCUCUGCGAGGGCCGCUUCACCACUGUGGAUGUGGAUGCAGAUCUCGAUGGGGUGGAGAUGUCGGGCUCGGAUUUCCAGCUUUCCAGCCUAUCGCAGGUCAUGAAUACCGAGCAGGUGAACCGUAUAGUGCUCAAUACAUACCUGCACAAGCGUCGCGAACAUAAACUCAAAUCUGCGUUACUGUUUGGAAUCGAUGUAUCCCAUGUGAAGAGCCUCUGUAAACUCUUUCAAGCGAAUGGCAUCGAGGCGCAAUACGUUACUGCGAAGACACGACCCACCGAGCGUGAUUCCAUAGUGGAGGACUUCCGCAGGGGGGAUAUUGAAGUUCUGAUGAACUGCGGCAUUUUCACAGAGGGGACUGAUAUCCCAAAUAUUGACUGUCUGCUGCUUUGCCGCCCAACCCGCUCCCGGACCCUUCUUGUCCAGAUGAUCGGGCGAGGGCUCAGGCAGCAUCACAGCAAAGAUCAUUGUCACGUCAUUGACUUUGUUUCGGCAUGCAAGGUUGGGGUUGUGUCUGUUCCGUCUCUCAUGGGCAUCGAUAGCCACGAUACCGCCUUCGAAGACGCCACAUUGGAUGAGAUAGAGCAAAUCCGAAUGAAGCUCGAAGAACAGCAGCAGAAGGAGGCUGCAGCCGCAGCCAAGAAACGCAGCAGCGAGGAAGCAUACACCAAGAAGAUAGACGAGCGCGCAAGAGAGCUCAUGUCAGGGCUCAGCAGCAUGGAGCUAACGCUGACGUCCUAUGAGGACUUUCGCACAUACUAUAAUUCGGUCGCCCGUGGCGACGUCGAAAACCUCGCCGAUUUAUCAAGCACGAUGCGCGAACUGAAGCUUCUACAUCAGUCAGUCCACUCGUGGAUCAAACUGGGCAAGGCCGCUUGGGCCCUGAACCUGUUUAAUAACAGCCACGUUCGGAUCUACAAGAAACCAGAAACAGCUGGCCCUGUCUACGAGCUGAAGCUUUACCGCCGGCUGCCUUUCCGUGAUGAGGGCGGCGCUAAGUACAGUACUCGGACGGUACACACUAGCAGCGACCUCGUAAGCAUAUUGGGCGCCUUUGAGGAGUUGCUGCGGAGGUUGCAGUCCAACGAGUCCUCGGCUACAGGCAAGCCUAUCUCCCUUAGCCGAUAUGCUCCCUGGCGCCAGGUAGUCGCUACAGACAAGCAGCGAGCAGCCAUCAGGAAGAUGCUGAUACAUCAACGCGCGAAGGACCAGAAGGCUUGCCAGCACGUCACCGAGCAACACAUCGAUCACUAUGUGGCCAGCUUGACAAAGGGCGAGGCUUCCAAUUUCAUGUUCGCAGCAAGCCUGGCCCCGGUCUACCCGGUUGCAUCGCUGCUUAGCGUUCUCGCCCGACGUGCUGCGAACAUCUAG